CUAGGCCGAAGAAACACUAUAGAACAUAUUUCUAGAACCUAAGAACUCGUAACCCAUUCCAGAUUCACCCCGCACACCUGCGCUUGGCGGCUCUAUGAGGAAGGUAACCCAACCGCCACGACGCUUUUUCUCCAAUGCUACGCCUUGGCUCGGUUGAAGCUAUAUCGCGUGCGGGAUGCCCAGAAAACCAUGGCACUGGGAAUUUUCUUGUCGCCGCUAGGAUAUGGUCUAGAGCGGAUGACGCGAGUGUGGAUAGAUUUGCAGGAUGUGAAUAGAGUAACAUUUAUUUUCUAGUAUAUAUGUCUUGACCUUGCUGUGUUGUAGAUUUAGUGUGGUUUGUGUGCUCAGUACCUUUCAUCACCAAGGCAAUAUGAAGGCCCAAAACCCUAUCGUGACCUUGGCGGCCGUGAGCCUGCUAGCCUUCACUGGGUGCGCAAAGCCGACGAAAUGCACUAAGCGCGACCUACCAUUAGUUCACGACCAAGCUCUAGUAGACUCUGUUGUCAUAGAUGAUUUGCUAGGUUGCGCGCAGGACCUGGAAGAUAUAGCCUAUGCGACUUCGCGAAGAAACAGGGUCCACGGCACGGAGGGACAUCUAAACAGCGUCCAAUACUUCGUCGAUCAGCUCAACUCAGUCGGCGAUUACUACAAUAUUGAGCUACAGAACUUCACGACUGAAGUGGUUCUCCAAGUCGAAGCGUCGCUAUCGAUUAAUGAUGAGACGAUUGAAGCGGGUGGCUUCUCGUUCGGCAACAAUGGAACUUGGGAAGAUACACCCCUAGUAUCCGUGGCCAACCUGGGCUGCGUCGCCGAGGACCACCCAGAUACCCUAGACGGAGCCAUCGCUCUUAUCGCGCGGGGUAAUUGCACAUUCGUGGAGAAAAUUACAUUCGCCGGCGAAAAGGGGGCCGUCGGCGCCAUCAUCUACAACAACGCGGAAGUCGGUCUCGCAGCCGGUACACUAGGCGGCGUAAAUGACCUAAUCCCAGUUGGCGGUAUAUCCCGGGCUGACGGUCUACGCCUAGCUUCACAACUCAGCAACGGCACAACCCUCACCUCCACAGGCGAUUUCUGGCAAUACACCGAUAACACGACAAGCUACAACGUCGUAGCCAGCUCCAAGCAAGGCGACGCGAACAAUACCCUAUUCCUCGGCGCGCAUAGCGACUCCGUCGAAGCCGGGCCAGGUAUCAAUGAUAACGGCAGCGGAUCGUGCGGUUUGCUUACGAUCGCCAAACGACUGGCUGCUUGGAAGACGAAUAACCAGGUGCGUUUCGCGUGGUGGACGGCUGAGGAGGAGGGGUUGCUUGGGUCCGAGCAUUACGUGGAAAUCACCCCGGAUGCGGAGUUGGAUCGCGUGAGGUUGUAUCUCAAUUUCGAUAUGAUCGCGUCGCCGAAUUAUGUCUUGGGGAUAUAUGAUGGUGAUGGCAGCGCGUUUAAUCUAUCGGGUCCGCCUGGGUCCGCGGAGGCCGAGAAGUUGUUCGAGGAGUGGUAUGGGAAACAAGGGUUGCCGUUCGUAGGAUCGGAGUUUAAUGGGCGAAGUGACUAUGGACCGUUCUUGGAUAAGGGAGUGCCGUCUGGUGGACUGGAUACUGGUGCUGAUGGUAUCAAGACCGAGGCAGAGGUUACGCUGUUUGGAGGCACGGCGGGGGAGUGGUAUGAUCCGAAUUAUCACUCCGUGAAGGAUAAUGUGACGAAUUUGAACCUCGAGGCUUUUGAAGCUACGAGUAAGGCCAUUGCGCACGCUGUUGCGACGUAUGGGACUAGCUGGGAGGGCUUUCCCAAGCGGAAUGUUACGUCAUUGACGAGGAGGUACUCGACUUUUUCGAGGAAGUAUAAUAAUGCUUUCAUGAAGAAGUCAAGGCGUGGGAGGAAGAGUUUGUAUUAGUCAGGAUACUGGUUUUAUUUAUAUGCCGUAUAGAUGAAUAAGAGCUGUAUUACGUAAUAUAAUGAGUAUCAGAUGGUAUUUCUAUAACCACAUUGAUGACUCAGAAAUUCUAAAGAGGGGAAAGACCUUGGGAUUUGCUUUUGCUUUUGCUUUUGCUCCUCAACUAAAUCACCAAUCUAUCUCGCAACACAUCACCACACUUAGUAUAUUAAAAUCAUAACUUCCCAUCCCAAUCUAGUCGCUCAGGUAUAUUACAUCUCAAUCAGGAACAAUUCCGAAUGAACGGUAGAGCACGCGAUCUAACGCGGAAUGUGCGAUGUUAUUACCCCUUGCAUAGCACGCGCUCGAUGGCGAUCAUAUCCUUUUCUAGCAGUAGCUUUUAUCUCGCGUAGGUGGAGGAAAUGGAGGAAAUAAUGGAGAAGUUGGAGUUCGACAGAUACCCUAGUCAAAUUAAUAUUUGCUCAACGUCAGCAUCCAGAUCCUGCUUCCGCCUUGCCCGUCUAUCGUCCCACUCACUACUCACUGCGAAUGAGGAGUUACCGGAAAUG